AUGGAUCGACCGCCUUCUCGGACUCGGGCACCGCUGAGCCUAGAGGCAUCUCUCGACGAAGAGAACAGAGAAGUUCUAGCUGCUCUCGAUCGCGACAGAACUGCUAGCCCCCUACCUCCGGUCAGACGUUUCCGGACAGCUACACCCCCUCCACAGGUCCGGAGCAUGCUCGAUGUCGAUUCGUCUGCACCCAGACACGGCUCCAUAGCGGGCAUCGGAGUGGGAGUUACCAGCCCCGAUCAGUCCAGAAAACUUGUCAAGCUAGAUCCCUCCGAUCCCUCGACUUAUACAUCUACUCAUUCGAGCAAACCCGGCUCGCCUGUCCUACAAAAGAGCCAGCCGGCAAGCACACGACCUCGAACCUCCUCGGAAGUGGACCAGCCUGUCGGCCUGCCUAAAAUACCGCCGGACGACAGGCGUGGAUUUGAACACAAUUAUCAAUUCGAUAUGUCUUCUAUACCUUCGACCGCGGGGACAUCCACACGGUCACCGACCGAGACUCGAAGAGCACGGGAAGGAUCAAGCACUGCUAUGGCCGCGGCCAUGUCGGGGGACUUUGCCUCUCUACAUGUUGGAUUACCAGGCGCAGGAGCCGGAAGACACAAUUCUACAGUGACCUCGGGCACACAUUCAAGAUCGCCGUCGUCCAGAAUUCGAAUUGCCGAAUCGUCCAAGCCGGGCUUCCUCAGCCCCACGAAAGCUGCAUCUCCAUUGACGACGAACGCUGGAACCGUUGUUGAUGAUCAAGCCCAUCGGCGACUAUCCAACAAAUCUGGUAGCUUCUCCACGGUCACGGAUGAUUCGGAAGAGGGUGCCGGCCGUGUUCCCAAUGAUGAGGCGGCUGAAGAAGACGGUUCAGACGACAGCAGUGACGAGGAUGUCAUGUCUCCGAGUAGUGAUGAAGACGAGACUAGAGGUCGGUCCGAGCGACGGGCACUGUCGGAUGCUGAGGUCGACAAGACAAGAUCUCCCGCUUCAAACGGAACGCCCUCGCCCGAGGUAGAGCUGAAGUCUCCACCGGUUCAGCACCCUGUCAAAUCGCUACUCGAACCCUCGAUUUCCAUCACCAGUCCUUCCGGGGAGAACGUGCCAGAAGGGAAAGCACGCGUGCAGUCGUCGACCAGCUUUGCCCGAUCAUCGUCUGUGACUUCUGGCGAAGAUGACGACGAUGACGAGUUUGCAGCCAUCAGGAAGGCCAAAACACUUGCCCUGAAUAUAUCACCCCUAGAUUCCACAGUACGUGACCGGCAUGUUCGAAUCAUCUUGAGAGGCAAUUGGACCAAAUUCGACCAAGAGGCAAAGGCAGGCGAAAGAAAUAACCGGCUCUACCUUGUCUGUAGCGAUUUGAGUACCGAGGCCAGCUAUGCCAUGGAAUGGGUCGUUGGGACGAUGCUACGAGACGGUGACACGAUUCUGGCCAUCUAUGCCACGGAGGAUGAGAGUGCCGGGAAAGCAACCGAGGCGGACAAAGAGGUCCUUCAAGCCGAGGGUGCCAAAGCUGGUAAAGACGCUUCUGACAUCAUGAAUUCUCUCACUCGGCAAACGACCCAAGGCGGUGGAACAAGUUUUGGCGCGGGCAGCACCAACAAAUACGUCCCAGCUACCGAAAUGCAGAGUCUGACUGGCUCGGCGGAUACAAGGAGUUUGUCCAAAAAAGAACUGGAGCGAUUGAAGGCGGUCGACGACAUCACCCAGAACUUUUUGAAACUUGUCCGCAAGACCACUUUGCAGGUGAGAUGUAUGGUCGAAGUGAUCCACUGUAAGAGUCCAAAACACUUGAUUCUUGGUGCGAUUGACGAACUCGAACCGACACUCUGCGUCGUGGGUACCCGUGGCCGCAGUUCUCUCAAGGGCGUGCUUCUAGGAUCUUUCUCGAACUAUCUCGUCACCAAAUCGUCGGUGCCUGUGAUGGUGGCGCGCAAGAGACUGAAGAAGCCUCGGUCAGGGAUCCGGGUCAGCAGUACCAAGAUUCGGCUAUCAAACAACCUGACGGCCAGCCAUAUGCCGACCAAGAGAAGAAGUUUGACACAAGCCAGGAUCGACUGA